CUCAAACCUGAACAGUGAUCAUGGUGAUUGUGAAGACGACAUGAUCGAGGGACCCAUUAAUUUAUUUGCAUUCCCAUCGCUCUUCUAUCCAAUUACCAAGGCAAAGAAGAUGUAGCAUUCUGAAUUUGCUGGAGGAAAUAACGAAUGUGGUGCGUGCACCAGUGUUUCGCAGCUACAUGACUGUACAUGUCGGAGUAGAGCCAUCGAUAACGAUUUGUGUGGCGUAGCUCCAUUUUUCCCCUCAGUCACCACUCUGAUGCUAGAGAUUGCCGAGAGAGCGGUGCAAUGGACGGGGUAGUUCAACGUGGAAAUACGCUGAACUGCAGGCUGGCUCUGCACGUUCACCAGGUCAGCCGUCUGCAUGGCCGUCUGAGUUCCGAUCAUGAUGUGUUUGUCCGCGCUGUCACCUUGGAUCAGAGCCAGUCGACACGCAAGCUGCCGCAUGUUCUUCCCCUGCACUACAACCAGGUCCUUUUCUUCAGCCAGGUUUACACGGAUACACUGGAUCCGGCUGCACUGCAUGUUCGACUGCAAGGCGAGCCGUUCCUGUUGGAGGUUCUGCAGUUGUCGUCGAGGCAAACAGGGUGUGCGACAGUGGCGUCCUGCCAGACAACCAUAGGAGAGCUGCUGAGCGGGCUGCAGCGUCCGCGUCGUUUGGCCAACGGCUCUCUGGCCAUUAGCACAGGGGACGUGAGGCUGCACACCGCUGCCGGCCAAACGGCACAGUUGAUGAUCCGCUACUCCCUGGACCUGACCAUUGUGGAAAGUCGUCACGACGAUCCUGUCAGACCACUGAUUGAUUUGCCGUCUGCAGCGCAAGUCGCUGGUAUGUCGGGCAUGUCACGAGCGGGUAUUCGCACCAAGCACGACACGCCAUUCGACAUCUUCGAGGGUCGUGCAAUCAGCAUGGGCAUGCCGCCUACUGCUAGUGCCGGUCCUACUGCUGCUACUCACACUGCUGCUGAGUCACCACCGCCCAGUAGUAGUAGUAGUAGUGCGGUGCCCCGUCACAGUCGUGAGAGCUGUCCGCAGUCAACCGCAUCACAGGGGCACGCAGCGGCAGCAUCUACGUCCACUCAAGGAGCAGCAGCGACGCCGGUGGUGUCGUCAGCGGUAACUUCGAUGACUCAUCGUCAGGAGCAGCACGCGGGUGUGGUCCCGUCGCUGUCGGCGUUAGCACCGCGUCGCACCCUGGUGCACUGCGCUCUGCCACGCACAGCCACCGGCCUGGCCAGCGCCAAGCCGCUGGACCGCAGUUGCACGGCACAUUGUCACGAUACGGACGACGACGCCGCCGCUGCCAGCCACGCCGUGCAUCCGCGUCCGUUUGCGGUGCGGCGUGCCGAGCCCGACCUGUAUCGGCGGCGUGACUUGCACAGCGCGGUGGUGAGCCGCACGGGCGCGACUCGUUCGGCACAUUCCGUCGAGUUUGUGGAUCACCCGUCUCGGCCGCCGUUCCACCGACACUCGUCACCUCUACGAUCGGGAGCGCCAUCCACUGGCUUAGAGCGAUCUCCGCUGAAGCCCACGCGUUCUGCGCCCAGGAAAACCGCCAGCACCACCGCCAGGAAGAGUCUGGACUUGUCAUCGCGAAGCUCGAGCAGCAAAUCCACCCAGCCGAGGCCUGGCACAGCGUUGCCGAAAGCACCGGACACCGCGUCCUCGUCUCGAUCGCACGCGACUGCUUCUCUGCGGGUGCAUGCUCCCGAGAGCCGCAGCCUGUCAGUGUCGGACAGGGCCAAGCCUGCAUGCCGGUCUACAGGGCCAGGUCACGGGGUCAGCGCUCCAGAGGGCGAUCAACAUGCAGCCGUUAGAUCAAGCCACGUAAGAUUCGUGACACCAGAGGAUGAGGACAGUGCUAGCUACGGCAGCGGCUCCUCGUUGGACAUCGGUCCGAUCACGGUCACGGCUAGCUCGCCGUCGAGCGACGACGAAGACGCAGACAACAUGACCUUGGCCGGCGAUGUGGAUCGAGCGCAAUCGCCACCGCUCUCACCAGAUCACUUUGCUACUCCUGCCACCGCCGCCGCCCGGGCUGGUGCUGCAAGCGGCAGUUAUGCGGCAUCAGUCGGUAUGCCUUCUAGCGCUGCUCGCACUGCGUAUGCGAGUCAUGCGACGGUGAGAGGGACGGCGCAGGCGCAGGACUGUGACACGACGGUGAGGCGCAUGCAGCAGUGCGGCGACGAGGUUAAGAAGCUGUCGCUGGAACUGCAGACGCGCAUCGACUCGCUGCUCGGCAGCUGCUGUCCGCCGGCUCGAAAGACACCGCAGAAAUCCCCUGGCAGCGCAAGCAUGGCCACCACUCGUCCUAAUUCUGCCGCAGCUGAGGAUCUUGAAGACCUGCGGACGUCGCUUCACAGUGCACGGCAAGAGCGAUUGCGGCAGCAUCAAGCACCUGCCGUCGACCGCCCGGUACGCAUCUCCGACAACUCCUACUGGUCUCAGCAGAUGUCGCAGUACACGGGACGGUCACACCGCCAGCUGUUCGACGAGACGCUGGAGAAGGCGUACGUCGACCUGUACCAGCGAGCAGUGAAAACCAAGUAGCUGGCCAUGCUCGGCAGCCCGCCAGUCAGUCGGUCAGUCACAACUGUAACGUGGAGAUGUCCAUCUUGUUGUUGUUGUUGUCAGUCACAACUGCAAUGGGGAAAUCCCCAUCUUGUUGUUGUCAGUCACACCUGCAAUUGGGAAAUCCCCAUCUUGUUGUUGUCAGUCACAACUGCAACGGGGAGAUGCCCAUCUUGUUGUUAUCAGUCACAACUGGGACGGGGAAAUCCCCAUCUUGUUGUUGUCAGUCACAACUGGAACGGGGAAAUCCCCAUCUUGUUGUUGAUUUCCGCCACGCACGGUUUUAGAUGUUCCCUGCCAUGGCCACUACACAGGCGACGUUCCCCAUGUCAAGACUCUUAAGUCUGAUGCAGGUAAACAAAACAUAAUGUUUUUCUUCGUGGAGAGCUAGGCCAUCUAUCCGACUAGCCUAUUUGUAUACAGUAUACUUGCACGGGCGCGUUUUCUCGUCUAUAGAUUUCUCUUCCAUUUCUCACUUCAAGGGUACAUUAUAGAAGCGGUUAUUUAUGUCGCUCACCUGAACAAGUAGAGCACCCUGUUCUUAUAUAACUGAUUUUCAACUGAUCAUAAGUUACGGUACGCGAACCCGUCGGAUUUUUUUAAUUUUUUUAAAAAGUUAGACUGGAUUAUUCUCCUGCCUGGCAGCUUCUGGCUGAACCCCAUAUUCAGCAACGACUAAGACGUGCCCUGCUCUGGAUAGAUAAUCUUUCAAGUUCCACUGUACGGCCAGCACCUCUCUAUUGUGCUGGUGUCUCUGAAUCCGAAGUACGACACAUGUCACAUGACAUUCUACUUGUG